AUGGACUGCAAGAAAGCUCUAGUUGAAACUGGAGGGGAUCUUGAAAAGGCCCAAGAAUACCUGAGAAAAAAGGGUCUUUCCUCUGCCGACAAGAAAUCAAGCCGGCUAGCAGCAGAAGGCAGAAUUGGUUCAUACAUUCACGAUUCACGCAUUGGCGUUCUAAUUGAGGUGAACUGCGAAACUGAUUUUGUAGGUAGAGGUGAGAAAUUCAAGGAAUUGGUUGGUGAUCUUGCAAUGCAAGUGGUGGCCAGCCCACAGGUGCAGUUUGUAUCCAUUGAAGAAAAGGAACUUGAAAGACAGAGAGAGGACCUUCUUUCAAAACCAGAGAACAUCAGAGAAAAAAUUGUUGAGGGAAGGGUCUCUAAAAGGCUCUGGGGAGCUUGCACUUUUAGGGUAGCCUUUUAUCAAGGAUGA